AGAUUUCUGCUCCAGUCCCUGGAAGACCUGGACAACAGUUUAAGGAAACUCAGCUCCCGUUUGUUUGUGGUACGAGGGCAGCCCACAGAUGUCUUCCCAAGACUCUUUAAAGAAUGGGGAGUGACUCGCCUCACCUUUGAGUACGACUCGGAGCCCUUUGGGAAGGAGAGGGACGCCGCCAUUGUCAAACUGGCCAAGGAGGCUGGCGUGGAGGUGGUGAUAGAAAACUCCCACACGCUGUACGACCUGGACAGAAUAAUUGAGCUGAAUGGCCACAAACCGCCCCUCACCUACAAGCGCUUCCAGGCUAUCAUUAGCCGUAUGGAGCUCCCCAAGAAGCCAGUGAGCAGCAUAGUAAGUCAGCAGAUGGAAACGUGUAAAGUGGAAAUACAGGAGAACCAUGACGACGUGUUUGGAGUCCCGUCCCUGGAGGAGCUGGGUUUCCCCACAGAUGGCCUUGCCCCUGCAGUUUGGCAAGGAGGGGAGACAGAAGCCUUGGCACGACUGGAUAAACACUUGGAAAGAAAGGCAUGGGUUGCAAAUUACGAACGACCAAGGAUGAAUGCCAAUUCACUGCUGGCCAGCCCGACAGGACUGAGUCCCUACCUGCGUUUCGGCUGCUUGUCCUGCCGCUUGUUUUAUUACCGGCUCUGGGAGCUCUAUAAGAAGGUGAAGCACAACAGCACGCCCCCCCUCUCUCUGUAUGGACAGCUCCUCUGGCGGGAAUUCUUUUACACAGCAGCCACCAACAACCCUAAGUUUGACCGCAUGGAAGGGAACCCCAUCUGCAUCCAGAUCCCCUGGGAUCGGAACCCUGAAGCCUUGGCAAAGUGGGCAGAGGGCAAGACAGGCUUCCCUUGGAUUGAUGCAAUCAUGACCCAACUGAGGCAGGAAGGAUGGAUCCACCACCUGGCCAGGCAUGCCGUGGCCUGCUUCCUAACCAGGGGCGACCUCUGGAUCAGCUGGGAGUCCGGAGUCAGGGUAUUUGAUGAGUUGUUGCUGGAUGCGGAUUUCAGCGUAAAUGCAGGCAGCUGGAUGUGGCUUUCGUGCAGUGCGUUCUUCCAGCAGUUCUUCCACUGUUACUGCCCCGUGGGCUUUGGACGACGCACGGACCCCAGUGGUGACUACGUUAAGCGGUAUCUGCCCAAAUUAAAGGGCUUCCCUUCACGGUAUAUCUACGAACCCUGGAAUGCUCCGGAGUCUGUGCAGAAGGCAGCCAAGUGCAUCAUUGGAGUGGACUACCCCAAACCCAUGGUGAACCAUGCAGAGACCAGCCGGCUGAACAUUGAACGCAUGAAGCAGAUCUACCAGCAGUUGUCACGCUACAGGGGACUGUGCUUACUGGCAUCGGUACCCUGUGUGGAAGAUCUCAGUGGCCAAGUUGCAGACCCAGCUUUAGGGCAGAGCAGCAGUACGAGCACAGUGAUGAGAGUACCACAAUCUGACCAGGCUUCUCCAAAGCGCAAGCACGAGGGAGCAGAAGAGAUGUGCACUGAAGAACUGUACAAACGAGCCAAAGUGGGAGGUCUCCCUGCUCCAGACAUCCCUGGCAAGAGCUUGUGACUCCAGCAUCAGGCAGCUCACAGAUGAAGAGCAAGUGCUGAAGAGAUGACAAGAACUGAAGCUGGGACUGUUGCCAUGGAGGGAAUGGAACUUGAGAGCUGCAACAGAAAACCUGGGGUGUCUCAUGUAAAUGUGCAAUACCAAUAGCUGCCACAAAACGGCACCAAAUCACUUGUGCUUAGGGAUAUUUGGCUUUCCGGCAUGCCAAAUAUAUUUCUUCUCAGCCAAGCUCAGCCAGCCCCAUGUAAAGGGGGCAAGAGCUUUCUAUCAACUUGUUCACCUCUGGGUGUAUCUUUCUGACAGUGGAUCAGUGCGUGUGAUUUUGUGCAUUGAUAAGGAGCUGCAUCUCAGAAGUAACGAAUGUCCGUUCUCACUGCUGGUACUAGGCAGUGAGGUGGGCCAAGGUUAUAGUAGCAGUUGAGGAGGAAGCUUCUAGAAUAUCAAGAGUAGUAUCCAUCUAACAGAGAAGUGGAAAAUCUCCAUGUUUGUUUAGACUGGCAGGGACAUAAGUGCUUUCUGAAUACAUCAGGAUCUUACAUGUGUAGGAUGGAAAAUAAAUGAAGGGCAAUUGUAGCAAAUGAACAAACUGCUAUGAAUGGUUUUUAUAAUAGAAAGGCACUUAAAGCUGCAGUAGUGAGAUUCUUCUGUGGGGAGAUUGAGCCAUAGUGCUCUUGCCUGGAAUGGGCAGCUGGAGAGCAGCUUGAUACCGAGGGAGAGAGGCUCAGAAAGAGGAUUAUUUGUAGAAUGAGACCAUGACUUGAUAUGGUUAAAGCAGUCUCCAAGAAACUUGCUGCUGCAAACAGCAAAGGCAGCUACUCUUGGUAGAGGAAACAGUCCUGGGAUCUGGCGUCUACUGCCUUUCCUUCUCUGAGCAAUAGCUCUUUCAAAGGAAGCUGUCGGGGUCUGGUGUGUAGCCUGUGGAGUGCCUAGUGCUCGUGGAGUGUGGGUUGCACAGCAGCUUCUUGAAGUGAGUCUUCCUUGGGCUCUGUCCAUUGUCUGUUCUGUGUGCAUGUUUGCUCCCUCCUGUAUUAGCUGUAUGUGCUGAGUGUGUAUCCAGUGUAACUCCAAAGUCUCAUACCCUGUGCAACACACUUUCUUGUUCACACAUUGAUGCUUUAUGGUCUAGCAGAACCGCUGUGUAGCUUUCCAGGCUCUUAACCUGCAAUAUUCCUUGUUAUAUUCCGUGGCCUUGUCCUGCUGCAGCAUGUCAUUUCAGCACGGUGCUGCAGAGUGAUUCUCCCACCUGAGAGGGCCAGGGAGAGCAGUCCUAUAGAAGAGCCUUUGUUUCAGCAUUAUUUUCAGUAGAUAAUCCCAUGCAAUAGGCUACUGUUUGCACUGUUUUCCUCUCCUGUCCAAAGCUCUUCAUCUCUACCUGGUGCAGGUAGUGUGUAAGCUUUAUCAGCUAAUGAUUUUCAGAGCAUGGGAUUUGCUUCUCGCUCUGGGAUAGUCAGUUCACAGUUUGGAGCCUAUAUUUGAACUCAGAACACUAGGGUUGCAAACAGAAACUGACUCAAAUAUAUGAGAAGCUUAUAAAGGAGUGGAGGAAGUGGAGUAAUUAAGUUUUGUCCAAGAGUUAAUUUAUGAAGUAGAUGAAUAACCUUUUCUUCCCACUAGCCUCCCUAGAGCAUUUACCACAGAUACCCUUUCCUAAGGAAAUCCAGUGGCCAGAGUGUCUGAGUAAACAGGAGUUGCUUUUCC